AUGGUAGACAUCAAUGCAAGAAAUAAACAUAUGCUUGAUAGAAAAUAUAUUUGUCAUGUAUGCUCAUUGAUAUUACGAGAGCCUGUACAAUUGACUGAAUGUGGUGAUCGACUAUGUCAAACAUGUUUAAAUGCUGAACAAGAAACGACAAUUAAAUAUCGGCAAUGCCAAGCAGAAACAUCACGAAUUAAAAAACAUCUCGAUCAAUUUCAUUCAAAUCUAAACUGUGAAUAUUGUGGUGAACAUUUCAACUCAGUUGAUAAAUUCAAUGAACAUAAAAUCUUCGAAUGUUCAAAAUUGAUUGUUGAAUGUAUAUUGAAAGGCCUUGACAGUAAUGAACGAUUUAUUCGUACCAAAAAGGAGAAUCAUUAUUUGAUUGAACAGCAUCAACAGGCUAUAUUUAAACUUAUUCGUCAAAUUUCAUCACAAUUCAAUGAUAGACAAAUGAAUAUUGAUCUUCCUCGAACAACAACUACAGGAGCUUGUAUUCCUGCUACAGCUCAAUUUGAAGAAGUUCAUGAAAUAUUGAAUAUCUUGGCAGGUGGCAUCGAAGCAUUGGUCAAUAAUGAACAACGUCUAAGUAAUGAAUCAUUCCAAAUGCAAAUUACACUUACAAUAUUGAAAGAAAAAUCAUCGAAAUUAAAAUAA